AGGUGGCGUAUUUUGGAGAUAGCAUGAGGUCAGACAUAUUCCCUGCCACCACCUUUGGGAAGUGGGAGACUGUGAUGAUAGUGGAAGAAAUGGAGGGAGAGGGCGUUCCGAAGAGUGACGCAGCAUUGUCCAACAAGACUCAGGUGGAGCCGCAGGAGAAAAGGGGAAAAUUUGAGGAACAAGGCAUGAAGUCACCCUCUGCCAUGUCUAACCGAUGGGGGUCCUACUUUGUUGACGUGCACAAAAGCGAAGGGGGCAACGAGGAGCACCAGAAGCUGACUUGGUGCUGCCACUGUAUUCACACAUACAGUACCAUGGCUAUCCCCAGUGUGGAGCACAUAGCAGAUCUUCCUCUGGAUUACAAGUUUCCCAGGUUUUCCCCGGAUAAGCCCUGCACUAUCGGCUACUACCCGAAGCCUCCAGAUUCUGUUUUGAAGAGGUGUGAGAAUCUGUCAUAAAAAAGGGAUGUUGUGGUAGAAAACAGAAUAAUAAGGAAAAGAAAAAGAAGUCCUCCUUAACCCCUCUGCCUCAGAAGGGGAAUGUGCCUCUGUUUUUUUUUUUUUUUGCUUGUUGUUUCCCUGAUAUUGCAGGGUGCGUGCAUUCAUCACCCAUUCAGACAAACCAUGUGAAUGUAAGCCACAGUAACUCUGUAAUGACACCUACAUUCGAAAGUUGUUUUGUGGUUCAGUGUCCCAAAUCUGUGAACAUACAAGAAAACAUUGUGUCUGUGUGUGUAUUCCUGUCUUGUUUUAAACGGGUGAUCCUUCCCAACUGCUCUAAAAUAAGGUAAACUUCUGCUCGUCUCUCUUACUGUGAACUGAUUACCUCAAUAACAAGUUGCUAAACCGGAGGACUCAUACCUUCACAUCAUUCAUUGUGUACAAUGCUGUUUUUGUGAAAUUGUCUUUUUAAUGUUGGUUUAUAUUUUAGUAACCUUAAGAUGAGGUAAAAACUUGCUCUGUGGAUGUUACUGUUGCCACACAAUGGGCACAAUGCUUUCCUUUUUUUGUGUUAGGUGUACAUGUAGGCCUCUUCAUGGUUAUAUUGAAAGACAGAAGACUAUACUGAAUGUGUCAAUAUUAUUUUAAGGGUGAUGUGCUUUUUGGGUGGACCAUGUGUACUUUAUUCAUGUGUGCACUAAAACAUGCUUUAACCGACCUUUGAAUGGUUAUUAUGUCCAUUUGCAUUAAGUCUUGCCAUAAAACACUAGGAACACUCAA